AGGUGAGCGGCGGCCAAUGGGCGAGCGCGGGGCAGGUGCCGGCUAACUCGCGCCUCGCAGCGCUCGGCGGCCGAGGCCCUGCAGGGCAGUGCUGGGAAUAUCCCGGGCUGGGGUCGGUCCCGCGGGACUCGGAAGGGUGGAAACGGCUCAGCCCUCCGGCCGUAGAGGCAGCACAGAGCAUCGCACGGAGCCCUCGCCUGUGCCGGCGCCGGGAGCUGCCCGCUCCGCCGCAGCAGCCAACGCGCCCGGCUGUGCGCGGUGGCCCGACUCCGCGCUCGCUCGCUCACACACCCCUCGCCGCUCGGCGACUGGCUAGCCCGCGGGGGCCGAGAGCGAGCGGGCGGGCGGGGGAGGUGAGGGGUGCGGGUGUGUGUGCAUGUGCCUGGCUGGGUGCACACCCCGCACGGCGGCGGCGCCAGGACGCGGAGCGCUCCCCAGAGCGCGGCUGCCUCAGACAGCUCCGGCGGCUGCGACCAUGUUCCAGCCCGCGGCCAAGCGCGGCUUUACCAUAGAGUCCUUGGUAGCCAAGGACGGUGGCACCGGCGGGGGCACUGGCGGCGGGGGCGCGGGCUCCCAUCCCCUGGCGGCGGCCGCCUCCGAGGAACCGCUCCGGCCCACAGCGCUCAACUACCCUCACCCCAGCGCGGCCGAGGCGGCCUUCGUGAGUGGCUUCCCUGCAGCAGCCGCCGCGGGCGCCGGCCGCUCCUUGUACGGUGGGCCAGAGCUCGUGUUCCCUGAGGCCAUGAACCACCCCGCGCUGACCAUGCACCCGGCGCACCAGCUGGGCGCCUCCCCGCUGCAGCCCCCGCACUCCUUCUUCGGCGCCCAGCACCGGGACCCUCUCCACUUCUACCCCUGGGUCCUGCGGAACCGCUUCUUCGGCCACCGCUUCCAGGCGAGCGACGUGCCCCAGGACGGGCUGCUUCUGCACGGCCCCUUCGCUCGCAAGCCCAAGCGGAUCCGCACGGCCUUCUCGCCCUCGCAGCUGCUGCGGCUGGAGCGCGCCUUCGAGAAGAACCACUACGUGGUGGGCGCCGAGCGGAAGCAGCUGGCCGGCAGCCUCAGCCUCUCGGAGACGCAGGUGAAGGUGUGGUUCCAGAACCGGAGGACAAAGUACAAACGGCAGAAGCUGGAGGAGGAAGGGCCUGAGUCCGAGCAGAAGAAGAAGGGCUCCCACCACAUCAACCGGUGGCGCAUCGCCACGAAGCAGGCCAACGGGGAGGAUAUCGAUGUCACCUCCAAUGACUAGGGUGGGCAACCACAACCCAUGAGAGCAGAGUGCUGCUUGCUGCUGGCCAGGCCCCUGGGUGGGCCCAAGCUGGACUCUGGCCACUCCCUGGCCAGGCUUCGGGGAGGCCUGGAGUCACUGCCCCGCAGGGCUUGGAGCCUGGGGCCGCCACUGACAGAGGGACAAGAAAUGGGCUGGCUGAGGCCUGGGACCACUCGGCCUUCUCCUUGGAGAGCCUGCCUGCCUGGGCGGGCCGCCAUCACUGCAGCCUCCCAGCCACUCUCCAUUUCUCUUAUCUCCUUUUUGUUUUGAUGCGUUCCUGUUUUAAUUUAUUUUCCAGGCACCCACUGUAGUUCUUAGUGACCCCUUGUGUCUCCCUUCCCUAUGGGAAUAAUAAAAGUCUCUCUCUUAAUGACACGGGCAGCCAGCUCCAGCCCCAGAGCCUGGGAGCCUGGGGUGGUGUAUUCCUGGCUCCAGCCCCAGAGCCUGGGAGCCUGGGGUGGUGGAUUCCUGCUGGAGCAGCCAGUGGGGGCUGGGAGAGCGAUCGUGUUCAGGGCCUGGGAGCCUGGGGUGGGGCACCGGGUAGGGCAAGGGCAAUUUAUUUACUCCUCUUCUUUGUUGGGGGUCCCUGGUCUCCAGCUCCAGCUCUGCAGCAGGAGAAACUGAGGCCAGACACAGGGAAGGACAGCCUGUGUCUCAAGGGAGGCUAAGCCCACGUCUUUCCAAACAUAUUGUGGGGUGGGAAUCAGGCCCAGGUAGUUCAACAGGAGAUGGGGGGAGAGCUUCCCUUUUCUUAGGGACUCUGGGGCUCCCCCAGUUGUGGAGAAACCAGAGGAAAGGGGAGCACUGGGGCUGGGUGGAGGGGACACCAUUCACAAAGGCUAGCAGUCCUAGCCCUAAGUCCUGGCCCCACCAGGAUGCUUAUCUGUCCUUGGAGAACCCCUGGGCAGCUUGAAGCUUCAGAGACAGGGCUUGAGGCUGAGCCUGCAACCAGUCCCCGGGGACUCAGGGCCUUCCCAGCCAGAGAAAGAGCUACAAAGCAGGGCCCACUGAGUGGGCCUUUAGUUCAUCUGCCCUUCAGUCUGUCCAUUUGUCUUUCUUGUCAUGUAUUAAGGUUUCCUGCCUCCUGCUUUCCUAAAAGUCUUUCCCUUAUGACAUUCCGGACCUGUCCCGGCUUCUUCCCUCCCACGUGCUCCCUAACCCUCUGCUCUUUGGCCUCUGCUCCACCACUCUGCUGAUGCUAAUGGCAGCCACCAACCACAGUCACUGGCCACCCCCUUGUGGCUGAAUUCAGCCACCUCCCAUCUGCCUCUGUGUUCACCUGCUUUCUGGUCUGCGGCCACACCCUCCCUCACUCCCCUGCCCCCUCUGCCUUCACUUUGGUACAUUUCUGACAUGUCUCCCCCGGCCCCUCUGAGUUUGUCUCAGUUUUAUCUAUGCCUCAUUCCCUCUGUCCAGUCCAGGGUCAGUCCUUGCUCCUCCUUCAUCCUCAUCGUGUCCUCUGCCCGAGGGUUCACAUCCACUCUUUGGCUCCCCACUCUGUGUCUUUAGCCGACUUCCCCCGCGCUGCAGACCCACCAAGCCCGCGCCUGCUGCACCUCGGGCCCUCAGCACCUCACGCCCUCAGCACCUCACACCCAGCAGGUGCACAGCUGGACUCAGCCCCUGUUCUUCUUCAGGACUGCCCACCUUGGCACACAGCAUUAGCCACGUAUACUUUUUCCCGAGGUAGAGGAAACCCGGGAAGCUUCCUCAAGCUUCCUUCCUCCUCCCCAGUCCCAUCCAUUCCCAUCUAGUCUGUUGAAUUGAGACCAGCUUCUCAACACCCCCACCCCUGUGCAGCACCCCAGUUCCCCCUGCCACCCGCUCAGCCUGGGUCUGCUCCUUUGUGGGGAGUGGGGACAUAAGGAGGCUUCUGCAAACGUCAAGGAUGAGGCCCACAUCAAAGAAGGCCCUCCAUAAAUAGGAUGGAGUUACCCUUUCCCAAGCCCCUCACUCUUUCCCACCCUUGACCUCUCCGGCCUUGCUCCCGCUGCCCUCUGCUUCUUCUGUCCCGCCCAUCCCUGUCCCUGAGUGAGCCACUGCUUUUCCCUGUGCUGUGCCUUUGCUGAUGCUGUUCUUCCCAUCUAGAAUUCCGGGGAGCACGCCGCAGGUGCUUGAGCGUGCUGAACUCAUCGGAAAGAUGUCAAAGGUCCAGCCUUGUUGCCUGGGCCACAUGCAGGGAUCCAAGCACACAAGGUCCUUCUGCUGGGAACAUAGACCCAAGUCCUGCGGAGACUCUCAGCAUCUCUCCCUACUCUCUGCUCACCUCACUUGUGUCCAGUCAAUGCUAGAAACCAAAGGGCUUCGUCCCAUCCCAGUGCCCCUCCCCCUCCACCAACCGGGAAUGCAUCCCUCACACCUUGAAACUCCCAACCUGCAUAAGUCCAGGUCAAGCCGCACGGUGACUCACGUGUUCGCACAGGUGGGGUGAGGGUGAGAGGAAGAGUCGUCCUGUAGGCCCCGGUGGGGGGCAGAGGGGUGACAGCCUUUCCUCUUGAGAUCCUGUCUCAUUUGGUGGGGGGUGGGGGUCCCGGAAGAUCACAGCCGAGCACCCCCUGUCAUCCAAAUACAGGGCUGGAAAGGACCCAAGGAAACCUGCCAAUCUUCCUAGGCCAGGCCUGCGAGGGGGGGUGGGGAGUCCCUGCUGCAGUCCCAUCCAUCCCCCAUGUUGUGCCUCUCCCCGCAGACGGUAAAUAUUGGUGUUGUGACUUCAUUAAUAAAGGCUUCUGUGAGCCUGAAAAACA